AAAGAGUAACCCAUAUAUCUAUAUUUAUAAGAAAUCUGUCUUCCAAAGAACUCAAGACAAACAUAACUCAAUCUAUCGAUCGAUGGACAUGGAGACGAAGAAAUCAUACAUGGUGGUGAUUAUAAUACAACUCAUAUAUGCAAUCAUGUUUUUGAUCUCUAAAGCUGUCUUCAAUGGAGGAAUGAACACUUUCGUCUUCGUUUUCUAUCGUCAAGCUUUUGCUACCAUCUUCUUGGCUCCUCUUGCAUUUUUCUUCGAACGGAAAAGCGCUCCACCUCUUUCAUUUGUGACCUUCAUCAAGAUCUUCAUGCUCUCAUUAUUUGGUGUGACAUUGAGCUUGGACUUAAACGGAAUCGCAUUGUCGUAUACGUCGGCGACUCUGGCCGCCGCCACAACAGCUUCCCUUCCGGCCAUCACAUUCUUCGUGGCUCUUUUUCUUGGAAUGGAGAGGCUUAAGGUUAAGAGCAUACAAGGAACAGCAAAGCUUGUUGGGAUAACUGUGUGCAUGGGAGGGGUAAUUACCUUAGCUCUUUACAAAGGCCCGUUAUUGAAAUUACCUUUAUGCCAUCACGGCCAAGUACAUCAUCACCGGAAUGUUCACGGCCACGUCUCCGGCGGUUCCACCUCGUGGCUCAAAGGAUGUGUCCUCAUGGUCACCUCCAACAUUUUAUGGGGUCUCUGGCUCGUUUUGCAGGGUCGUGUGUUAAAGGUUUACCCUUCGAAGCUAUACUUCACAACUCUUCAUUGUCUAUUGAGUUCGAUUCAAUCCUUGGUCAUCGCUAUUGCAUUCGAGAGAGAUAUUUCAGCAUGGAAGCUGGGAUGGAACCUACGACUCGUUGCAGUCAUUUAUUGCGGAUUCAUCGUAACAGGCGUAGCAUAUUAUUUGCAGUCAUGGGUUAUAGAAAAGAGAGGACCUGUUUUCUUAUCGAUGUUCACUCCUUUGUCUCUCCUCUUCACUCUCCUCUCUUCAGCGGUUCUACUUUGCGAGAUCAUCAGUCUUGGAAGUAUUGUAGGUGGACUAUUGCUGAUUAUAGGACUCUACUGUGUGUUGUGGGGAAAAAGUAGAGAGGAGAAGAACUGUGGUAAUGAGAACAUUGAUCCACAGAAAGAAAACGAUGUCGUUUGCAAUGAAGUGAAGGUUGUCAUUAGUUGAAUACUUGAAUGAAUGUUGCAUUAAAGAUGAGCUAAAUUUUAGGGUUCUUAUAAUAUUAAUAUAUGUGACUAAUCAUUCACAUAGUAGAGUCAAUAAUUUUGCUUUAAUUUUUUUUUUGUCCCAUGUAACUACUUUUAUCAUAUUAUAGUAUACUUUUUCAUAGGGUAUUUUAUAUACUUUUCGUAGGUUUUGUUUUUAAGCAAAAAAAAAAGAAAAGAAAAAGAAAUCAAA